AUGGCGGCUUGGCGGCCGGGGUGCCUGCGACUGCGCCUCGCGCUGCGGCCCCUGCUAGCGCGCCGGGCCCUGCACGACGCCGCCCCGCCCCGGGACGUGCUACUCUUCGAGCACGAGCGGGGCCGCUUCUUCGCCGUCCUCGGGCUGUUCUGCGCUGGCCAGGGCGUCUUUUGGGCUUCCUUGGCCGUGGCCGCGUUGGCCCGACCUCCGGCUGCGGAGGUCCCAGAGCGAGGCCGCUUCGACCUACGCUCCACGCUCUGGCGCUACAGCCUGGCAGUCGGCUGCGGCGCCAUCGGGACCCUCGUGCUUGGUGCUGGUCUUCUCUUCUCCCUCCGCUCUGUGCGUUCAGUGAUGCUGCGGGCUGGAGGGCAGCAGGUGACCCUCACUACUCAUGCCCCGUUUGGCUUGGGGACCCACAUCACUGUUCCCCUGAACCAGGUUUCCUGCAUGGCUCACCGAGGUGAAGUCCCUGCCAUGUUACCCCUGAAGGUCAAAGGCCGGCGCUUCUACUUCCUCUUGGACAAGUCUGGACACUUUCCCAACACGCAACUCUUUGACAAUACUGUGGGUGCCUACCGGAGCUUGUAAAGGGCAAACCUUGGGUCACUCACCCUCCCAGAGGGGGAUCAAUUUAAUCUUAGGGAUACGGUGACAACCAAGGUCACACAGGAGGCCUGAGAGUCAU